AUGUCUCUCACUCCAGAGGAGAUUGCCUACUACGAAGCAAACGCCAGCGAUGACCUGCGGCCAAAUCAGAUCGCGGCCUGUACGUGCGGCAUUGCCUUUGCCGUCAGCGCAGUUGUUGCUCGCAUGAUUUCGAGGCGUCGGUCGAGAGUCAAGCUUGGCUGGGAUGACUAUACAAUUUGCGUGGCGCUGAUGGGGCAGCUCACAUACGCCUGCCUGAUGGCGCUGAAUGUUGCCAACGGCGAGGGCCUGCACAUCAUCUUUCUCAAGGACAUGAGACUAUUUGCUCAGGUCUACGUCGGCGCCAUCAUCUGCUACUCCAUCACCAUCAUGCUGACGAAAAUAUCGAUUCUUAUAUUCUACCACCGCAUCUUCCCAGUCAAGUGGCUCACCGCCGUCUCCUAUGCCAUGGGCGUGCUGGUAAUAUCAUACAACCUUGCGCUGAUAUUCGUGGCGGCAUUCCAGUGCAUCCCUCUGUCGAGUCUUUGGACUGGGAAGCCAGCCCAGUGCAUCAACGUUUCACCUCCUUUUCUGACUCUGGCAAUCGUGAAUGUAGUCACCGACUUUGCCAUCUUAGCCUUACCAAUCCAGCCAGUCCUCGGACUGAAGAUGCGAACCGGCCGCAAGAUCCAGGUUCUCAGUAUCUUCCUGCUGGGAGGGAUCGUAUGCAUAUUCGGCGUCAUCCGAUGCGUCGCCUUGUCGACAAUGAAAAACACAGAUCUCAGCUACAACGCAGUCUACUCCGGAAUCUGGUCGUACACCGAAAUAUCCGUCGGGAUCGUCGCCGCGUGCAUGCCGACGCUGCGCCCGCUGUUCAAGAGCAGGAACAGAGAGUCGAAACAUGCCGGCGACAGUGCAUACAGCUCGAACGCGUAUUUUGCACGCUGGAAAUCCAGUCUGGGUCGGUCUUCGGCGUCGAAAGGGACGGAUGAGGGUGAUAUUCCUCUUACUGGAACGGGACGGUCACUCUACACGGUCUAA